AUGUGGGGGCUUGGGGAACUUGCCCCUCUCCCAGCGAGGGGCUCAGGCUCUCUGCAGACUCAGGCAGCAUCGCUGGGUUGGUCACACUGGGGGCAGUUGCCCCCUUAAGACUGCGUAGCGGCUUCGUCUCCCCUCUACCCCCAGAAAAUGUCCGGCCUCCAGUUCAACCUGGGCCCUCUGAAGGAGCCGCUGGGGUUCAUCAAGGUCCUGGAGUGGAUUUUUUCCAUCUUUGCUUUCGCCACCUGUGGAGGGUACAGUGGCCAUACCUCCAUUAAAGUCAGCUGUUUGGACACUAAAAAUGAGACCCUUGAAGCGGCUUUUGGCUAUCCGUUCCGGCUGAACACUGUGUUAUUCAAAGACCUGGAUUCAAAAAAAUGUAACAACACAUGGCACCCGACCCACCUCGUGGGCGACUUCUCCUCCUCGGCCCAGUUCUUCGUCACCUUCGCCGUCUUGGUCUUCCUCUACUGCAUGGCGGCGCUGGUGCUGUACGUGGGGUAUCUGCAUCUUUACCGUGGCGCUGGCAAGCUGCCCAUGAUCGACUUUGUGAUCACCAUGGUGGUCACGCUUCUCUGGCUGAUCAGCACUUCGGCUUGGGCCAAAGCCCUGACUGACAUCAAAGUAUCCACCGGGCCUGCGAUGAUGUCGGAUAUACUUUUCUGCCAUUCGGCCCCAGAUUCUUGCCUGUUCGGUGCAGUGAGCAGCAUGGGCUCCCUCAACGUGUCCGUGGUUAUCGGCUUCCUGAACCUCAUUCUGUGGGCAGGCAACGCUUGGUUCGUGUAUAAGGAAACCAACUUGCACAAUCCCCCAGAAACUCCGGCCCCAGGCGGCACUCCGGCUCCCGCGGGAAUGUAAACGGCCCCGCUGGGACGCACCAGCGCCACGCACGACCCCUCGGCCUCAACUUGGCAUCAGCGCGGUUCAUCUGUCCUAAGUGUAGUCACCGUUUCAACCGGCUGGGGGCGGGUGGGAAUUGCAGAGACAGCUCGGCUUUCAAUUGUGAGCAGGUGCCUUUGAGUUUUGACGGCAGCGGUGCUUUCACAGGGUGUGGCGGUGGUGGGUUGGUUUUGUUUGGGUUUUUUUCUGCUUUAUUCUACUGAAAUAUUACCCUGGUUGUCGGCAAGGGAGAGGGGCAGCUUCUUCGCGAGAACAGUGGCCUGGCAAAAUAUCUGUAGUGUCUAGGGCAGUAGUUCUCAAACUUUUGUAUUGGUGACCCCUUUCCCACUGAGUGCGAUUUCCCCGGCCCCCCCCUUAUAAAUUCAAAACACUUUUGUAUAUAUUUAACACCAGUAUAAAUGCUGGAGGCGGAGCAGGGUUUGGCGUGGAGGCUGACAGCUCGCAACCCCCCAUGUAAUAACGUCGUGACCCUCUGAGGAGCUGUAACCCCCAGUUUGAGAACCCUGGUCUGGGGUCCUAGCCCUUGGCUGGCGUGACCCAGCAGCGCUCUGGUGAACCGAAUAGCGCAGUUGGCAGCGGAUUGGCAUGGAACUAUUGAUUGCAGAUAGGGCUGGUGCGUGCAGACUGGUGCAGCGAGUGACCGAUCGCAGAGAGAGCAGUUGAGUUGCAGACGGGCACAGAGAGCGAUCUGUUGGCCAGCUGUAAUCAGUAGAUCUGUGCUAAUUGGGACAGAUCUAGAGCGCGUGCAUGUCAGUAUCAAGGUGUUCAUUGCAGCAGACUGCUGCUGAUUUCUCUCAGCUGAGUGGCUGGCCCUGCAUUUCAAGAAGUGCCUUUUGUCUUUUACACCCCUCUGAUGGGGGACGGUUUGUAUCUGGGGCACAUGGCAGGGAGGGAAGCUGCAUUUGAAAUACACUAUUCUCACUUUGUACAUGACACACACAACUUCUCUUGGUUUGAAAACCUGCGUUAGCACCAGGCUUCCUCUGUCAUCGACCCGAACCGAUUCUUCGUUACAAAGACGAGCUUCAGAAUCUCAGCGUUCGCUCGCUCAGGGCAGAGCCGGUCGGGAGUUUUUUGGACUAACCGUUUUUUCCCCACUGCAAAAUGCAGACUCAUCGAAACGGAAACUUUUUCAAGUUGGGAGAUUUGUCCAAACCAAGCCAGAUACGCCACGCUCUGGGUUUGGAAGAAUCUCCUGACGCAGAAAAUGUAUCGGAGGGCAGAAAGUUUAGAAAUUGUCCACACCUUCAGCAUGAAAAGGUUUGGGGGUUUUGAGUCGUCACUUUUGGUUUGAAAUUUUAGUAAAAGUGGGCUUCAAAAGAGCUGACCUCAAAACAACACUUUUUAAAAUCAUGGAAAUGAAAUGU